AUGGAAGGUUCUUCCUCGGCCCGAACCUAUGUGAUGAAGGUUGCUCUUGGUCAUUCUGCUUCUAAUGAAAUUCGUAAUGCCAUCUUUAAAGCCUCCAAGUUGUUUCAUGGUGAAGCUCGACUUCUUAUUACAGAUAUGCCAAAUAAAAAGUUGAAAAGGACGUCUGUUCUUGAAUGCCACAUCAGGGACACAUAUCUUUUUGCCAAGGAGACUAAUGCAUGGAGAGCUACUAUGACAAGAUAUACACUUCAUAUGCACUGGGAGGGUCACUGGUAUCAAGAUGGACAAAGGCUCCAGGUGUACAAAGAAAGUAAGAAACUUCAGUGA